AUGGCUUCUCAGGGCAACCAUCACGACGAACAAAACACGCACACGGAACCCUACCCACUCCUGGGUAUGGACAUUAGCAUGUUCUCCAAAGCUGGUUUCGAUAUGGACCAUGUGUCUCUGAAGCGCAAUGCUCCUGUGGCUCAGCUGUACGAAGAGGCCGUGCGCAAGGAGGGUGCCGUCAUUGCCUCAAGCGGUGCUCUCAUCAACCUGUCUGGCAAGAAGACAGGCCGUAGCCCCAAGGACAAGCGUAUUGUGUACGAGGAGACAUCGAAGGACGAUAUCUGGUGGGGCCCCGUAAACAUCAAGCUAGACGAGCACACGUUCGAAAUCAACCGCGAGCGUGCUAUUGACUAUUUGAACACGCGCGAUGACAUCUACGUUUUUGACGGCUUUGCGGGCUGGCAACCCAAGUACCGUAUUAAGGUGCGUGUGAUCUGUGCCCGUGCAUACCACGCGCUCUUCAUGCACAACAUGUUGAUCCGUCCUACGCGCGAGGAACUCGAGAACUUUGGUGAACCGGACUUCACGAUUUACAAUGCUGGCCACUUCCCUGCCAACCGUUUCACGACGGGUAUGACCUCUUCGACGUCUGUGGAGAUCAACUUCAAGCGUCACGAGAUGGUCAUUCUUGGCACCGAGUACGCCGGUGAGAUGAAGAAGGGUAUCUUCUCCGUCAUGCACUACCUGAUGCCCGCGAAAUUCGGCCAGCUCUCCUUGCACUCAUCCGCUAACAUGGGCGACAAAGGUGAUGUGUCGAUCUUCUUUGGUCUGUCGGGUACUGGCAAGACAACGCUCUCGGCGGACCCUUCGCGUAAGCUCAUCGGCGAUGAUGAGCAUGUAUGGUCUGACCACGGUGUGUUUAACAUUGAAGGUGGCUGUUAUGCCAAGUGCAUCAACCUUAGUGCAGAAAAGGAGCCUGAAAUCUACGGUGCCAUCCGUUUCGGCUCGAUUCUUGAAAAUGUGAAGUUUGACGAAGCGACGCGUGACCCUCUUUACGAUGACUCAGAGAUUACUGAGAACACACGUUGCGCCUACCCCAUCGAGUACAUUCCAAACGCGUUGAUUCCUUGCAUGACAACAACACAGCCAUCAAAUGUGAUCAUGCUCACAUGCGAUGCCUUCGGUGUCUUGCCGCCAGUGUCGAGGCUCACGUCAGAGCAGGCUCAAUACCACUUCAUUGCUGGCUACACUUCGAAGACGCCUGGAACGGAAGAUGGUGUGACGGAGCCUUCGCCCACAUUCUCGACUUGCUAUGGUCAGCCAUUCAUUGUGCUGCCACCCCAGCGUUACGCCUCGAUGCUGGCAGAACGCAUGAGCCAUGUCAAUUGCAACGCCUGGCUAGUAAACACGGGCUGGAUUGGUGGAAAGUACCGUGUGGGUCGUCGCUGUCCGCUCAAGUACACGCGUGCGAUUCUCGAUGCCAUCCACGACGGCUCGCUCGCCAAUGCGGAAUACGAUCAGUUUGCCCCAGGUGUGUUUGACCUGCGGGUGCCACGCGCAGUCAACAAUGUGCCGUCAGAGGUGCUUAACCCGGCUAACUCAUGGCCUGACAAGGCGGCCUUUGAAGCCGAGCUGAAGAAAUUGGCUGGCAUGUUCGCUGAGGCCUUUGUUACGCACGAGAAGGAAGUGAACCCCGAGGUGCUCAAUGCUGGUCCUCACAAGACCCAUUAA